UCAGCACAACAGAGCCCUCCGUUCGCUCUCACCUCCAAUUAAUAUCCACGCCGGCGAGGUCAGCGCUGCGCCCCGUCGCCUCUUUGGGUUCGUUUUGUUUCGUCUGUGGCUUUAUUUUGAUGUGACGCGCUUGGGUAUCCUGCCCUGCCCUCAGCGUAUGGACCGUCCCUGCCAGAGUCGGCGAACAAAGCGCAUCAAGCCUCUCCACAGAACUGAAUCGCGGAUUUUGUUGUUGUUGCCUGUAAGUACUCGGGAUAACCAUUUGGCAUCUUUGGUUGUGUUUUUUUUUCUUGUUGCUAGGCUGCCUUGUAUGUGUAUAGUUCUCUGGGAAAGAACGCGCUGUUAAAGAUGGAUACGCUUUUUCUUAGUCCGAUGGAUAGGCAUUUCAUUUAGGGAACACCUGAUCCCGAUGCUGGACUAAAAUAAUGGCAAGAUUUUGGAAAGCGCUGGACACGUUGUUGGUUUCCAGGGAGUAGAUCCGGCCUGUGUCAAUGCUUGAAAUCCAAAAAACACAGUCCGAUACUGCAGCGUACAUACAAACAUUUCAUUGAAUUGCCAUAUGACAGAAAUACAUCCGAGCUGAUAAAUCUGACAAACACACCACCGGCAAAAUAAAAACUAUGGAGCACACCGGGAUCGAGGAGGUGAACCAGACGCACCAGCAGCAGCAUGAGCCCAUUAGCUUCGGGAUCGACCAGAUCCUCAACAGCUCGGACCAGUCCAGUGGCUGCAUGCUGCCCAACCGGACCGGCGACCCGGAUUACGCGCUGGCCCCCAACGUCUACAGCAACGGGUACAACAGCGUCUACAACCCGGCCUGCUCCAUGGCGGCGGGUCUGGCCGGCUCCUACAACGUCAACAUGAACAUGAACGUCAGUAUGAACAUGAACAUGAACGUCAACGUGAACUCGGGCGGCGCCGGAGGGGUGAUCCGGGUGCCGGCGCACAGACCCAUGCCGCCUCCGCCGCCGCCCGCCGCCGCUGCGCCGCAUCCGCCCCCUUCCGCGCAUCCGGCGUGCAUCGGACCCGGCAUCGCCUCGAUGCCCGGCAUGGGGAUGGGGAACGCGGCAAACUUCACCUUCCCGUGGAUGGAGAGCAGUAGGAGGUUUGCCAAGGACAGACUAACAGGGGAGCAGGCAGAGGAGAGCCGAGCCGGAGAGGCUACAGAGGGGCCGGGGCCUGUUGGGUCCCUCUGUCCUCUCCCCAAGGGAGACAUCGGCAGGGUCCCUGUCUGGAGCACUAUGGAGACAUUAGCCAAAUGCUAUUACCCCGAGCUCGCUCACCUGCGAGACAGCAGUGGCCUUCUAGCAGACUAUCCUUUUCCAAAGGGGGCUUGCCCAGCCGCCCUGUCGCCCUUCUCCGUGACCCGUCGUAUCGGCCACCCUUACCAGAACCGGACGCCGCCCAAGAGGAAAAAGCCUCGAACCUCCUUCAGCCGGGUGCAGAUCUGCGAGCUGGAGAAGCGUUUUCAUCGUCAGAAGUACCUGGCGUCAGCCGAGCGCGCAACCUUGGCCAAGGCCCUGAAGAUGACGGACGCACAAGUCAAGACCUGGUUUCAGAACAGACGGACAAAAUGGCGGAGACAGACUGCAGAAGAGAGAGAGGCUGAACGGCAGCAGGCCAACCGGCUGAUGCUGCAGCUUCAGCAGGAAGCUUUCCAGAAGACGUUGAGCCAGCCUCUUCAGCCGGACCCCCUCUGCCUGCACAACUCCUCCCUCUACGCCCUGCAGAACCUGCAGCCCUGGGCAGACGAUAGUAAGGUGACCUCUGUCACCUCUGUGGCAUCUGUCGUGUGAGCGUGUGUGUGUGUGUGUAUGUGAGUGUGUGAGUGUGUAGGCGAGGGAAGGGAGAGGCAGAGGGAGGGACGGAGCUUUGAAUGAAGUGUGUUUAUCUAAGUGUCAUCAGUGUGAGAGGACAAAAGGGAAGAAUCUCUUCAGACUAUUUCUGACAUGUCUGACGUUCAAAAAUGCAGCAUCAUUAUGGGAUUGUCAUAGAUGCGGGUGGAAAAAAAUAUAUAUAUAUUGAAUGGACAUUGUGCUUCCUCACUCAUUGAUCGUUACCAGCAACAUGGUGGGGGAGAGUGUGUAGAGAGAGACAGCUAUAUCUGUUACUGCCAAGACCCACAAAACACUGCACAGCACAGGAGCCGCACUGACAUUGCUGUUUGUCCAAAUGAAACAACUGUUAUCUUAAAUAUCUAAAGUAUGUUGAGUCAUUUUCCUGCCUUACACCAAGUUUCCACUUUCCCUUCAGUUGACGGUCUAAAAGAGAGGAGGGCACAUUAUC